AUGACGCGGGAAGAGGCCAUAUUUAGGUCCGCGGACAUGACAUAUGUGCAACUGUACAUUCCCUUGGAACUUUCGCGAGAGGUGGUGUGCUUACUCGGAAAUAUGGGAAAUGUGAUGUUUCGUGAUCUGAAUACCGAUCUAACCACCUUUCAAAGAGGCUACGUGAACCAGAUCCGCAAAUUUGACGAUUUGGAGCGGCUUAUCGACUAUAUGAGCAACGUUGCAAGCAGGUACUCGGAAGCUACUUGGAAAUACGUCUUUCAUGGCGAUAACGACAAUGCCACGCAGCAUCCUAGUAUGAAUUUUCUGAUGUCGAGCAUGCAUACGCAUUCACUAGACACCGUUAGCGAUCUGACCGCGGAAAUCACAGAGUUUGAGUCGCGCGUCAGGCAGUUAGAUGAGUCUUUGGUCAACUUAAGAAAGAGGCUGAAUACGCUUAUAGAGCAUAGGCAUGCGGCUUUUGAAUGCGGACGUUACAUGGAAGUUAAUCCUGGGCUCAGAGGAAGAGCCGCGAGAUCCCAACAGCACCGCGAUUUAGAGCAACUGACAGUUGAAGAUUUUAGGCUCUCUGACGAUGAGGUAAGUGAGACGCUCAGCGACACCUUUUCAUUUGAUGAAGUUUCGGAAGAUAACUCCGUUCCGUCCGCUGGACGAGAUUUGUCCGCAGAGCUUGAAGAGGGGUUUCGCCACCGCACUACAAUUAUAGGCUCCAUCAACAGGAGCAAAGUGGAAACUUUGAAUAAAAUAUUAUGGAGAAUUUUGCGGGGAAAUCUGUUUUUCCACAACAUCCCCAUUGAGGAACCGCUGCUUGAGAAAGGUGAGCUUGUGCAGAAGGACUGUUUUGUUGUUUUUACACACGGGGAUGUGCUACUGAAAAAAGUCAAAAGGGUAGUGGAAUCCCUAAAUGGCACAAUAUUUCCUGGCAACGAGGGCCGCUCAACCAUCAAAAAUCUUAACACCCAAAUUGCAGACCUUCAACAGAUCUGCCAAACCACGGAGCAAACCCUUCAUACUGAACUUCUGAUAGUCUCCGACCAGCUUCCAAUGUGGAGAGCUGUUGCCCGAAGGGAAAAACUAAUAUAUGCAGCACUCAAUCUUUUCAGGCAAGAAUCGCAAGGGUUAGUCGCCGAGGGGUGGCUGCCCUCUACUGAAUUGUUGAUAGUCUCGAACGCGCUGAAGAACCAUAGCGAAAACAUCGGCUCCGAAAACAGUGCUGUCGUUAGCGUCAUCAAGACAAGUAAGAAACCACCCACUUAUCAUAGAACAAACAAGUUCACCCAAUCCUUCCAAGCAAUCGUGGACGCAUAUGGAAUUGCUACGUAUAAAGAAGUCAACCCUGGCCUUGCAACAAUUGUUACAUUCCCAUUCAUGUUCGCAAUUAUGUUUGGUGACACGGGUCAUGGUGCGAUAGUGUUUUUGAUUGCUCUCUUUUUGGUACUCAAUGAAAAAAAGCUUGCGCAGGCCCAAAAUGGUGAAAUAUUUGAUAUGGCGUUUUCCGGAAGAUAUGUCAUUUUGCUGAUGGGCUUUUUCUCAAUUUACACCGGUCUACUGUAUAAUGACAUUUUCUCCCUUUCGAUGACCUUCUUCAAAUCUGGAUGGAAAUGGAACUCAGGUUUCAAAGAGGGCGAAGCGAUCGAAGCCACCAAUACAGGUGUAUAUCCUUUUGGUCUUGAUUACGCGUGGCACGGCACCGAAAACAACCUUAUUUUCUCAAACUCUUAUAAGAUGAAGCUGUCUAUACUCAUGGGCUUCAUUCACAUGACAUACUCACUUUUCUUUUCAUUGGUAAACUACCGUUACUUUCGGUCGAGGGUCGAUAUUAUUGGUAACUUCAUUCCUGGAUUCAUUUUCAUGCAGUCAAUCUUUGGCUAUCUUUCAUGGGCUAUCAUAUACAAGUGGUCAAAAGACUGGAUAAAAGACGGGAAGGUUGCGCCCGGGCUGUUGAACAUGCUUAUUAACAUGUUUUUGGCCCCAGGCGUAGUCGAUGAGCCUCUCUUUAGAGGCCAAUCUUAUUUGCAAGUCUUUCUGCUACUUUGCGCAUUGAUCUGUGUGCCAUGGCUUUUGCUUUACAAACCUUUGAAGUUAAGGGCUCAAAAUAAAGCAGCAAUUUCCAACGGUUACCAGAAUAUCCACGAUCAAAAUGCCUCUGAAAGUUUACUCGAAUCCCAAGAGGAUGCAGGCGGGGAAAUUUUAGUGACUGAUUAUGACGAGAACCAUUCUAAUACUUUUGAGUUUGGCGAUAUUAUGAUUCAUCAAGUUAUUCACACCAUUGAAUUUUGCCUGAAUUGUAUAUCCCACACGGCCUCAUAUCUGAGGCUCUGGGCUUUAUCCCUUGCUCACGCACAAUUAUCGAGUGUUCUCUGGACGAUGACAAUCGCCAAUGCCUUCAGUUCUAAAGAUUCUGGGUCGCCUUUGGCUGUUAUCAAAGUUGUGUUUUUGUUUGGCAUGUGGUUUGUCCUCACAGUGUGCAUUUUAGUGCUUAUGGAAGGUACCUCCGCAAUGCUUCAUUCUUUGCGUUUGCAUUGGGUUGAAGCUAUGUCUAAAUUUUUUGAGGGUGAUGGAUAUCCUUAUGAACCCUUUUCAUUCAAAGCUCUAGAUUAA